AAGAUCAUCAUGGUCAACGACUCACAAGAUUCACUUGUUCCUGCCACUGAAGUUGCAAUAAGCGCUGCAUUUCUUUGCGUCGUCAACAUUGGAAUAAUCAUAGGCAAUUUUCUCGUCUUAAUCGUUGUAUGGCGCACAUCUAAACUUCACGAACCGAAUUAUUUCUUUCUUUGUAAUCUGAGUGUUGCGGAUUUGCUCGUUGGAUUGAUCUAUUGCCCUCUGUUAAUAGCAAGUGUUAUCAAACAGUCUUGGGUUUUUGGGGACCCUUUAUGCCGCGCGCACUCAGUGAUUGUGAGUGCAUCUUUGAAUGCUUCCUUGAUGAAUCUGUGCGCAAUUUCAGUUGACAGAUAUUUUUUCAUCACGAGGCCUUUGCGUUACACAGAAAUCGUCACCUCUCGCAAGACAUCCAUCGCCAUUGCGUUUGUUUGGCUUCAUUCUAUUUUUUGGGCGAUAGCGCCCAUGUUCGGUUGGGGUGAAUGGGUAUACGAAGAGAGUACUGCCACCUGCAAGCCAAAUUGGAAUGGAGAAGGACUGGCGAACAGAUCGUACGCUCUUUCUCUGGGAUCUAUUUGUUUUUUUUUUCCCGUUCUUAUUAUGAUCCUUGCAUAUUCAAUGAUCUACAAAACUGCGCGGAAGCAGUUGCAGAACAUGCAGAUUCCUGGUUUGACUAAAGAACAAUCCACGAGAAGGAACAAACCAACAAAAACUGUUCUUAUAAUAAUCGGAAUGUUUUGUCUCUGCUGGUCUGUGUAUACUGUUGUGUCAUUUUGGAAACUUUUUGCAGUGUUAUCUGACCUCCCUCCGCGACUGGUUCGCGUUGGGCUAUACCUCGCUGUUUGCAACAGCUGUAUGAACUUUUAUGUUUAUGCCGUAAGGGACAAGGUUUUCAGAAAGGGACUUCGCAAUGUAUUUUUUCCACGUCGUAGUUUAUAUUACGAGCAAAAGAAUCGUUCAAAUGAAUUGAGUCGAGCUCCGCGCACAAUGCCCACACAGUCAAUUGGAGUCGAUUCGCCAGCGUCGCGGAAAACUUUGACACUUCAAACAACUGUAUGAUUCAAUUUCCGGUAAAAGGAGGUUUAUUUAUUUGUUCUAUGAGGUCAAAUUCACCGCUUGAUGGGAGGAGAAGUCAAGUGAAAAUCCAAAUACUCCGCGGUAGACUUAGCGGUAGGAAAUGACGUACUGGUUUGCACGCGAUCAUUUUUAAUAAGUUAAUAAGUUAAGAUUCCUCCAAUCUCGUCUCGUAAAAAUCUCAGAGUUGUUUAUAAAGCUGAGGUCAAACUCUCAGGAAAAGAACACUAUGGAGGGUAGAAAUUUUGAUGUAGCAUCUAAUUAAUUAACAAAAGUGCUGAUAGAUUCCGCUUAUGCUCUGAGAGAAUUCAACCUUUAACUCUCACUCGGCUAACCAAACCGGAAUUUCUUCGCACGAUUUCAAAGAAUUUAUCGGAGGAACAGUGAUGAGCAAAGAUUGACUGAUUUAACAUCCAAUUCUCAGAGGUAUCAUUUUUCUAAAUGUGUGGUAAUCACUGAGGAGAAUUGAAAUUUUGGAUAUUGGGUGUAAAAAAGUCGAAUUAAAUACGCUUCAUUACUUUGUGUUGUUCUUUUGAGGGGA